UCCUUGCCCAGGCCGAUCCUUCCAUGCUGUCUUCAAGCCCCACUUCCUGCACAUCUCCCAACCCAGACAGGGAGAACUCAAGUAAGAAGGUCCAGUGGGCUUCUGGGAGGAGGAGGACGUCAUCCACAGACUCAGAGUCAAAGUCCCACACCGACCUCUCCAAAGUGCCCAGGUCCCGGAGACCCAGCCGGCUGACGGUGAAGUACGACCGGGGGCAACUCCAGCGCUGGCUGGAGAUGGAGCAGUGGGUGGAUGCACAGGUUCAGGAACUCUUCCAGGAUCAACCAACUCCUUCAGAGCCUGAGAUUGACCUGGAGGCUCUCAUGGAACUAUCCACAGAAGAACAGAAGACUCAGUUGGAGGCCAUUCUCCAAAACUGUCCCCGCCCCACAGAGCCGUUUAUCUCUGAGCUGCUUGGUGAACUCAAGAAACUCCGUAGACUCAGUCGGCCUCAGAAAUAAGCCUUGUGAGACUACCUUCAGCAGCCUCAGCACUGCCGGGCCUGCCCUGAACCUCUGGAUCCCGGGCUGCAAGGGAAAUGACUCCUUGAGACACAGACAAGGAACGUGGAGGAUGAGGGACAUUUGGACACCCCUGGUGUUUGUGCAGUCACAGCUAGUUCC